GUGGCUGCAGGUCAUGGGAUUAAAUUUGUGUUGUAUGAAGUGUCGGAACCAAACGUUUUGCAAAAGGUGUCCACAACUCAAAUUUCCCAUUUUCCUGUGAUAAAAUUUCUUCUCUGAGAUGAUUCACAGCCUCUUCAUCAUAAAUCCCUCAGGGGAUGUUUUUAUGGAGAAGCACUGGAAGAGUGUGAUCUCGCGGUCAGUUUGCGAUUAUUUCUUUGAUCACCAGAGGAAAGCUGCGUCUCCCGAAGACAUUCCCCCUGUCAUCGCCACCCCGCACCACUAUCUCAUCAGCGUUUACAGAUGUUCCAUGUUCUUUGUGGCAGUAUGCACCACAGAAGUUGCCCCCUUAUUUGUGGUCGAGUUUCUGCACAGAGUCGUGGACACUUUUGAAGACUAUUUUAGUGAAUGCACGGAGUCGAUAAUCAAGGAACACUAUGUUGUGGUGUAUGAGCUUUUAGAUGAGAUGCUCGAUAAUGGUUUUCCUUUAGCAACUGAAUCUAACAUUCUGAAAGAACUUAUCAAACCGCCAAACAUUUUACGAACCAUUGCCAACACAGUCACUGGCAAAUCCAACUAUUUCAGUGUCAGCUCUACCCUUCCCAGUGGACAGUUGUCGAAUAUUCCGUGGCGCAGAACAGGCGUCAAGUACACAAAUAACGAAGCUUACUUUGACAUGGUCGAGGAAGUGGACGCAAUCAUCGACAAGUCUGGAUCCACUGUUUGUGCAGAGAUCCAGGGAUAUAUUGACUGUUGUAUUAAAUUGAGUGGAAUGCCUGACUUAAGUCUGUCGUUUGUGAACCCCAGACUAUUUGACGAUGUUAGUUUCCACCCUUGCGUCAGGUUUAAAAGAUGGGAGUCUGAACGAGUGCUCUCUUUCAUUCCUCCGGAUGGGAAUUUCCGACUUAUGAGCUACCACAUCGGCUCUCAGAGCAUCGUUGCCAUUCCAGUCUAUGUCAGACAUUCCUUAAGCUUGCGUGAAUCCGGUAGCGGUGGACGACUUGACAUCACCCUGGGUCCAAAGCAAACGCUGGGUCGAACGGUUGAAAAUGUGGUACUUGAAAUUCCCAUGCCGAAAAGCGUCCUCAACUGUGGCUUGGUCACCAACCAGGGGAAGUACACCUUUGACCCAACCACCAAACUUCUGGUGUGGGAAGUUGGACGAAUCGAUCCGACAAAACUUCCAAACAUCAGAGGAACAAUUACUUUGCAAAGCGGUUCUCCCCCUGUGGAGGCAAAUCCCUCCAUCAAUGUGAAAUUCACCAUAAAUCAGCUAGCUGUAUCGGGCCUCAAAGUGAACCGUCUGGACAUGUAUGGAGAGAAGUACAAGCCAUUCAAAGGUGUCAAGUACAUAACAAAGGCUGGUAAAUUCCAAUUACGGAUGUAAAGUUUUUGCAAUUACACAUUACGAUCUGACUAUAUAUAUUUUAUUUUAAUUUUUUAUGGUUUAAUUUUCUCACUUGGAGGAGAUUCUAAAUAAAUAAUAACAAAAUAUAAUUAUUUAA